AUGUCUCCCACUCAAUCCGAUACUUUUAACGUGGAGGCCGCCGCCCCUACUGGUGGUGAGAUGCGCCAGUCACAAAACGCAUCACCACAGUCACCAAUGGAGGAGAUCUCUCUCCAGCCCAUGGCAUCGCAACCAAUGAACCCAGAGGCCCCGCACGAGGAGUCGCAAAUGGGACUCCGUGGCGGCGACCGCGGCGGUUGCUGUCCAGGCCGCUUCUGCUUCUGCAUUCCCUGUCCUCUUCCGUGCGACUUUUGCAUCAUCUAG